AUGUUUCAGGUGAAUGAGGAGAGCACGGAGGCAGCAGCGGCAACAAUGAUCGGCAAGGUAAAUGAGGAGGGUACAGAAGCGGCAGCGGCAACAAUGAUCGGUAUGGCCCGUAUUACAUCGGUCUCAUUCGAACCACAGCCAAAACGUUUUAUCGCUGAUCAUCCAUUCCUUUAUGCCAUCCUUCUUCGUAAAAGAACACUACUUUUUACCGGACGAAUGAUUUGA